AGUAGCCUUUCCUCAUCUCUCACUCUCUUCACAACUCACAACUAAUUACUUUGCUUUGUCUUCACCACAUAUUUUUCGCAAUCCAUGGGGAAAACUGAAGUUGCCUCUUCUGCGGCAGAGGACGACGGUGGUAGCCCCACCAUGCGCACGGCAGAGACGCUGCUGCGAGUCCUUCCCAUGGCCCUCUGUCUCGCGGCUCUCGUCAUCAUGCUCAAGGACACUCAGACCAACGAAUUUGGCACUUUGUCCUAUUCCGAUCUUGGGGCUUUCAGAUAUUUAGUGCAUGCAAGUGGUGUCUGCGCCGGCUAUUCGCUUCUGUCGGCCGUUUUUGCGGCGGUGCCGCGACCGUCUACCUUGUCCCGGGCUUGGGCCUUCUUUCUCCUUGACCAGUUGCUGACUUACAUAAUACUAGCGGCCGGAGCCGUAUCGACGGAGGUCGUGUAUCUAGCGUACAAGGGCGACAAAUCGGUAACAUGGAGCGAGAGCUGCGGCUCGUACGGUGGCUUCUGCAGGAAGGCAACAGCAUCGAUCGCGCUCACGUUCAUCGUGACUCUUUGCUACGCAGGGCUCUCCCUCCUCUCAUCUUACAGGCUCUUCAGCAAGUAUGAUGCACCAGUUGCCUACUCUACUACCAAAGGAAUUGAGGCUGCCACUUGCAACGCCUGAUUUUCCUGCUUAAUUACACGUUUAAUUCUCUAAUAAAAGUCAUCAACAUCAUUGUACAACUAAUAAAUUAAUGUAAUCAUUUCAAUUGGGCUUUCAAUAUUAGUAAUAACAUGUCUAUACUUUGUAUCGAUACAUAUGUGGCGUUGAUAUUCAAGUGUGAAUUCGUUUGUGUGA